AUGUUCGCAACACGCAAUUCAAUCAUUUCCCACCUCUGCCGGUCAACAAAGACCUCUGCUAUCACCGCACUCCCUUCAACAGCACACCUUCUCCUCCGUCGCCAAUUCACAACAGCCCCCGAAAGACGCCUCGUCCGCGACACCGCAUACCCUUUCCCCCUCUACUACCACCUCCUCCCACUUACCACCCCUUCCUCCACAACCACUGGCACCCCCAAACCAACCUACGCACUCUCCUUCCUCCCAACAUUCCCCCAACACACCCACCAAGUCGUCGGAUAUCUCUCUCACAACAACUCGGAGGACCUGCAGGUCAAGCCUAACAGGUUUACUGAGAACGACGCCUUCAAUAAUGUUCUGCAUACGGUGAUCCAGCAGAACUUGGCCGAUGAUCCUAUGGUUGAAUCCGUUCUCCAGCAGCAACUCGAAGGGUGGACACACAUCGCUGACUACCGCAACCCUGCUCCUUACGGAAGGAUCCCAUUGCCUGAAGAUAUCUUUGGAAGUGUACAGAUCGUCGACGGAGUCAUCCAGCCAGCCUCGUACCAGAGAAUGCCUACUCAUCGCAUCGUCAGCAGCCUCGGACUCUUCCAAUUGAGCGAUCACCUCCACGAACGCCUCGUCCACCACCUCAAGAACCUGUAA